UACCCUCCAUCCUCUGACGACCCAUCCCUCCUCUAGUCCCGGUUCUAUUUCUUCAUAAUGCGCGAAAUCGUCCAUCUGCAGACUGGCCAGUGUGGUAACCAGAUUGGUGCCAAGUUCUGGGAGGUCGUCUCCGAUGAGCACGGCAUUGAGGCGGAUGGUGUUUACAAGGGCAACAACGAUCUCCAGCUCGAGCGUGUCAACGUCUACUACAACGAAGUCGGCGCAAAUAAGUAUGUGCCUCGUGCGGUUCUCGUUGAUCUCGAGCCUGGAACCAUGGACUCUGUCCGCUCCGGUCCCCUCGGCAACCUCUUCCGCCCCGACAACUUCGUCUUCGGCCAGAGCGGUGCCGGUAACAACUGGGCGAAGGGUCACUACACGGAGGGCGCUGAGCUUGUCGACUCCGUUCUCGACGUUGUCCGCAAGGAGGCUGAGGGCACCGACUGCCUGCAGGGCUUCCAGAUCACCCACUCGCUGGGUGGUGGUACCGGUGCAGGCAUGGGUACCCUCCUGAUCUCGAAGAUCAGGGAAGAAUACCCCGACCGUAUGAUGGCCACGUUCUCCGUUGUCCCUUCGCCGAAGGUGUCUGACACCGUCGUUGAGCCGUACAACGCAACCCUGUCCGUUCACCAGCUCGUCGAGAACUCGGAUCAGACGUUCUGCAUUGACAACGAGGCGCUCUACGAUAUCUGCUUCCGCACACUCAAGCUCACGACACCCACCUACGGUGAUCUCAACCACCUCGUCUCGAUUGUCAUGUCCGGUAUCACGACGUGUUUGCGCUUCCCUGGACAGCUUAACUCCGACCUCAGGAAGUUGGCUGUCAACAUGGUUCCAUUCCCUCGUCUUCACUUCUUCAUGACCGGUUUCGCUCCCCUCACUGCUCGCGGCAGCCAACAGUAUCGUGCUGUCACCGUCCCCGAGCUCACGCAGCAGAUGUUCGAUGCCAAGAACAUGAUGGCUGCCUGCGACCCGAGGCAUGGUCGGUACCUCACCGUCGCGGCUGUCUUCCGUGGCAAGGUCGCGAUGAAGGAGGUUGAGGAACAGAUGCAGAACGUCCAGAACAAGAACUCUGCAUACUUCGUCGAGUGGAUCCCUAACAACGUCCUCACCGCGCAGUGUGACAUCGCACCCCGCGGCCUCAAGAUGGCCGUCACCUUCCUCGGCAACUCGACCGCCAUCCAGGAGCUCUUCAAGCGUGUCAGUGAGCAGUUCACUGCCAUGUUCAAGCGCAAGGCCUUCUUGCACUGGUACACCCAGGAGGGUAUGGACGAGAUGGAGUUCACCGAGGCGGAGUCCAAUAUGCAGGAUCUUGUCGCCGAGUACCAGCAGUACCAGGACGCCACCGUCGAGGAGGAGGGCGAGUAUGGGGAGGAGGAGGUCCCUGUUGAGGAGGAAUAAGCGUGUCGCACCUGGGUUGUGCCUCGCUUGCUGCUCUGUUCACCCGAAAAGGUCUACAUCGUAUACACAUUAUAUUGGUCGCUUUCAGUGUUCUCUGCACGUUUCCCUCUACCGCUUACCCUGCUGUCGUCCGACAUGACGCACCGCACGUAACAUCCUCCUCACCCUCGCUUUACACGAUCAUGCGAUCGCCCUCCGGUUGGCAUUACCGAAGUUACCCUAGUCUGCAUACCUGUCUGUCGAUUCGUUGUCUGUCGACACUAUUCACGAAAUUUAUGUCAAAUUGCCGGAA